CUCAACACGCACGACGCCAUAUUGGACAAUUCAAGACGGACUAUUGGCUGUGGAAAGAAGAGAAACGCAUUUUGAAAGCGUCACAUAAUGAGUUCAAUGUAAAUAUAUGCAUAUAGGUGUACAAUUUGGACAUGGGUACAGUGAUUGUUAUCCAGCUACAUUGGGUCUGAUAUAAAGACUUGAAGCUGAAGACAUUCCAUUGGUUUUGGAUAACAAAGUAACCUCCCAGGAACCAUGGCGUGUAUACACUUCAAGUUCAAGAAUAGUCUUGACUAUGAUUCUGUAACCUUCGAUGGACUCCACAUUUCCCUUGGGGACCUGAAGAAGGCCAUCAUGCAGAGGAAAAAACUUAAGGACACAGAUGUGGAUCUUCUUAUUGUCAAUGCUAUUACCAAGAAAGAAUACCAGCAGACAGAAGAGAUGAUUCCCAAGAAUACUUCAGUGAUUGUAGCCAGAAUGCCUCUAGCCAACGCUGUUAAGCCCAGUGGGCCAAAGACAUUAAAUGCGUACCCCAAGGAUGAACCGAGAUCAAAAGCAGCUGCCCCAAUGCCGGAAAUUGGAGCUCAAGAACGGCAAAAUCAGACUGUGGACCUUGUCAAUGCUAAUAUCUCUGAGGAAGAUAAGAUAAAGGCCAUGAUGUACCAAGCUGGUAAAGACUUUGAUCCAGCAAACUACAUGAAAUCCAAGUACCCUGCAGGCAAGCCCUCCACUUCAUACCUCUGCUUUAAGUGUGGGAAACCUGGCCACUAUAUCCACAACUGUCCAAAUAAACCGGAAAAUGAUCUGGAUGACACUUCUGGCAAAAAACAGGAAGUCGUCAAUCCAAACAGAAUCAAACGCUCCACAGGUAUUCCUACAAGUUUUCUGACACCAUGUGAUGACAAACAUUCACCGGGAGCUCUCCUUAUGUCAACGGGGCAGUAUGCUGUCCCCAUCAUCGACAAAGAGGCAUUUCAGAAGGGAAAGAAAGAAAGACCACCAUUCAUGCCAAUGCCAUCAGUAGAGAAACCAGAGGUGUCUCCUGUACCUAAUGAGCUCAUCUGCCCACUGUGUCAUGACCUUCUGAGGGAAGCUGUAGUGAUUCCAUGCUGUGGAAACAGCUACUGCGAUGAAUGUAUUCGUGAUGCCCUGUUAGAGGAUGAUAACCAUUGCUGUCCUUCCUGCAAUGAAAUGGACUCCUCUCCAGAUAAGCUCAUCGCGAAUAAAUUCCUGCGGACAGCAGUAACCAAUUUCCUCAAUGAGACUGGAUACACAACUGUUAAGAGGAGACACAUGGAGGCUAAAAUGGAACAGAUGAAACAACAAGAACAUCUUCAACAGCAAGAGAAGCAGCGCCAACUUAAGAGGCAGCAGCAGGAAGUGACCAAACCUAGGUCAAGAAUGGAGUCGCCUCCCCCUCCACCCCCUCCCCGGAAAGAACCAAGUACUCGUGUUACUGUGAAAACCUUGUCUGUUCCAGAAGGAGUUAGUAACUCUAGUAAGCCUAUGACACCUACCACAUCAACACCGGUCAAGGAUGAGAGAGAACCACAGUGGCCAGUGGAGGAGCAGCCCAAGACUGUGCCUGUGAUCGGACAGAAGGUUCCAGUUAAGCCAAACAGAAACACCCCACCACCCUCUGCUGGACCCAUAUCUGUGCAUGCCUCAGGACUCCCACCUAAUAACAGAGGACCACCACAUGACCUUAGAGCACCUGGGGAAUCAGAUGGUGGAUUGCACCCAAACAUCCCCUCAGGUCCUGACUUCCGACAUCCUGGAAUGACCAACGGACCAGUUCGCCAUCCUUCAGCCUUCCCACCUCCAGGAAUUACACCUUCAACAGUGCCUGUAUUAAAUACAAACUUACCUCCUCCACGUUUACCUAUACCUGCGGGGAUGCCAUUUCCUCCACACCCGGGUGUACCAGGGGGAGCACCACUACCAUUUCCACCCCCUAGAGUGCCAUACCCAUUACCCAUGGGUGGACCUCAGCCUAUGACAAAAGAGGAAUUUUACAGAACAAAACAGGAGAUGAUGAGGGAUGAUUUGAAUCCAGAGGUCAUGGUCGACUACCGCCUGAAGUUAAUGGAAUACAAACUUGAUCAGAGGAAGCGACGCUCCGCAUCAAGGUCACUCUCUCCCCGGAGGUCUCGUUCAAGAAACAGGAGUCGAAGUCGAUCAAGAUACAGAUCACGGACCCCACCUUUACGGAGACGCACAAGAUCAAGAACACGAACCAGAACUCGAUCAAGGACCCGUACUAGAUCUCGUUCAAGGCUGAAGUAUUCACGCAGUCCACCCCCUCGUCGCAUCCGUUCUAGAAGUCGUUCAAGAUCAAGGUCAAGAGUGAGGUCAAGAACACGAUCAAGGUCACGUUCCAUCUCCAAACCAAGAAGAUUACGAUCUCGAACAAGAUCCCGAACACGAUCUAGAUCCAGAUCCAGAUUCCGUUCUAAGACUCCAAUUAGAUACCGAACUAGAAGUAGGUCGAGGUCUUGGUCAAGGCCACCUCCGAAAUAUCGAACAAGAUCAAGGAGUCCAACAGCCAGGCGAAGAUCAUGUUCACGUAAGAGGUCGCCUUUACCAAGAUAUAGUUGGUCCCGAUCACGUUCUCGCAGCCCCAAAUACAGACGUGGUUCCCCAGGUUAUCUACCUCCCAGAAGGUCAAGGUCACCACUACCUCGCUAUCGAUCUCCGCCUCCGUACUAUAGAGAUGACUUUUACAGGCCAUCAUCUGGUAACUGGUCCCCACCCCCAAAGGGCUUCAGAUCUCCACCCCAGGGAAGGCAAAGUUUCUCUCCACCAAGAUAUCCAGGUCAACCACCACCCCCACCUUACUAUGGGCAGAGGCCUCCAGACGAUCAUUUCAGAGCCUAUGAACAGUACUACAUAGAUUACUAUGGCUACCCACCGCCGCCACCACCACCCCCGGGGCCAGGGCAGUAUGACAUGCCCUACUAUGGUAAGCAACCAUACAGACCACGGUCCAAGUCACCUCGGGGUCGUAUGGAUUCUAGAGGCAGAUCACCCAGGGGGAGAGGUCAAGGAAGAGGUCAAUCAGAUAGACAAAAAUGGGAUAACAACAAACCAGGCAAUAAGCCAGGCAAAAAUGACAGCAAGCAAGAAACUAGAGUCAAAGAUGAAAAGGAAGAUAAAAAGAAAGUACAGAAAAAAUCUCAAGAGAAGUCAAAAAUAAACAAAGACCAGGAUGACAAAAAGGCCAAGAAAACUGGAGACAUUAAGAAAGAAAAAACUGUUAAGAGUAAAAAAGUAAAGGAGAUUGGACAGAAAAUCGAGGUAGUGACAGGUGUGAAAAAAUCAUCUGGGGCCGGUAUAGCAACCAUUGCAAAGAAAUCCAUACAAGCAAAAGGUGAUGGAAAUGUGGUCAAAAAAUCUCAACUUGAAAAGAAUGAUGAAAAAGUUAACAAAAAACUUCAACGUGAAAAGAAUUCUGUGACAAUGAGUGAAAAAUCACAGGCAGAAAAGAGAGAAACAACUGGGAAAAAAAUGCUCAAAGACAAUGUGGAAGAUAAGGAAAAAGUCAAAUCUUCUUCUCAAGAACCACAAAUCAAUAAAGAAAAUAAAAUCCCAUCAAAGAGAAAGAGUAAACCUAGACAAAAAGAUAAAACUGAUGAAGAUACAGUAGAGGAGGUGAGAAAUGAGUCCAAGCAAAAAACAGUAAAGAAAAUUCAGGUAAAACAAGAACCUAAAGAUGAUUCAGAAUUUGAAAAUCCAAAGAAAAAAAUGGAUGGAAAAAAACAGAGAGAAAGAUCUCAUGCAGAUGAAGAGGAAGUGAUAAAACGAAUAAAGAAGGAAAAAAUUAUAGAGCCAAAAGAAAUGGAUGAUGAUGAACCCCCAAAGAAUAUUAAGAAAGAAAAAUCUUAUGAUUAUAAAGAACAACAAAAGGAAAGACCACACAUCAAAAGAUUGAAAGUGAGAAAUUCUGAUUCUGAUGCGACACAAAGUGAUUCUGCUGCUGAAGGUGAAAAAAUUCGUCGUAAAAUGAAAACAAAACGCGUAACAGAGAUAGAGAAAACAGGUAAUGAAGAGGAAGAGGAGGACGAAAGCCCAGCUAAGAGGCAGAAGAUUGUUCACCAACAGGAGAAUGACUAUGAAAAAUCCAACAGAUCUGAGAAACACAGACAUAAAGAAAUUAAGGAGAAUAGGCAUGUAUCAAACUCUGACAGUAAAAAAUCUCGAGCUUCACAGGAACAAGCUUCAGAAUCGUCUGUCUCCAGGGAAGAACGGUCAAAGUCGCCAGUAGAAAAUACUAAAUCUCGCAGGGGUUGGGACACUCACUCGGAGGGAAAAACAUCAAAGGAAGAGCUGAAAUACCAGGGAUCGCGUAAGAAUCAACAACCAUCUAAAGUUGAAAAUGUCAAGUCUAGGAUAUCUCGAGACGAUUAUCCUGGCCCAAAAUCUGUUAUUGAGAGUAAACUGCGCAUGUCAAGGGAAGAUGAACUCAUGCUUUCACCACCUGAACUGUCAAAGUGGGAGAGAGAGGACUAUUCAAGUGACCGUUCCCCUGAACCUCGAAGGAGACACAAACAUCAACAUGAGAAACAGUCACUUCCAAGGUCAGUAAUAGAAAGUGCAGAAAAGGCCAUAUCACAAAAGCAAGUGAAGAGCACUGUGGCUUCUGCAGUUGUGCUGUCGCCUCCAAACAAAAACCCACGGCGAGUAUUUGUUGAUAGGGAGAGGGAGGAUGGAGCCUCACGCAACAGGGACAGGGACAACAAUCGACACGAUGAUAGUAAACAUGAAGAUAGUCGACGUGAUGACAGAAAGGUUUUAAACAGGCAGCGGUCUAUGCAGAUCACUAUAUCUGCACCAGACAAACGCAAGUUCUCUGAGUCUGAGGACUUGAGAGAAAAACUAGCAAGUUCAGAGGAUCUGAGAGAAAAGCCCCGUGAGGAUUUACGAGAGAAACUUUCUAACAGGAAAGCAAACAGACUUAAGGAAGAUAAGGAGGGUACUAUGAGAUCAUUCAAGGAUGAUUCGUAUAAGGAUGAAGUUGUUUCAGUCAGUGGAAAGGGUAGUAAGCAUCAUGAGGACAGGAGAGAAGUUGAACGCUCCUCGUUAGAAGAAAAAGUCUCUCACAAAGAUUCAGAUGGUAGAAAACAUCCUGUUAAUAAACCUGCUCCCUCUAUAAGUCAGAAGGUGUCAAAGGAGAAAACACCCAAAUUGGAGUCUAAAAAAGAAGAAAUCAAGGAAGAAGAUUCGGCUAAAAUCAAAUAUCGAAAGGAAUCGUUGAUUGAUGAGGCUACAUUUGAGCCAGAUUAUAACGAGGAAAGUUCAGAAGAGGAAGUUGAUGAACGGGACAAGGCUAAGGCCAGUUCUGCUGAGGAAGGAGAGGCUGACGAUGAUGAUGAGGAGGAAGAUGAUGAGGAAGACAGUGAUAAAAAAUCUAAAAAACACAAACACAAGAAAGGCAAACACAAAAAGACCAAGAAACACAAACAUAAACAUAAGAAAAAGAAACAUAAAAAGAACAAGGAGGAAAAAGAAUCCAAGGAGAAGGAGUGACUGUAGGCAUUACAGAUUUCUGAUAUUAGGGUGAUUGUAUGUGUGUAUGCUUAGACAAGUGUGAAUUGUAUCUAUGGUGGUGCUUACAAUAUAUAUUAUGUAGAAAGGCCAGACCAAAUUUUAUUUGAUUUGCUUUCUAUGCAUAUGGCUAUAAGUAUUCGGAGCUAUGAAAAAGUGUAAAAUAUGUGAAAUGUUUUUAUUCUCGAACAUUCAGAUGCGCAUUUUUUACGUUAAUUUCUGCAUUUCAUUAUAGAUGUAUAUAUAUUAUUUUCUAGGAUUUUUUUUUCUAUAUUUUUGUGAAACAUCAGUACUGUGUUUUCUUAUCAUUCUGUCCGUAAAGUUCAUACCCAAAAAUGUAAAUAUUUGGAUAUUAUCAAAGAUGUCCAAAUCAAAACAGAGACAAAUAGAAAUAAUUGUAGGAAUCCAAGAUAAAAAAAAUUAAGCAAAAAUAGGCAUGGCUUGUAAUAAGCACACAUGCUAGAUAGGAGCAUCUUGGAGCGGAGUAAAUUCCUUUACAUGAAGGUAGUUUGUUAAAACUAUGGUAAGAAAAAUUAAAAGAAAUCAGGAUAAAAUGUUGCCAUGUUAAUUCCAGUACACUGUAUUUGUGUAGCAUACUAGUCCAGAAUUAGCAGUGUUUAGUUGAAUUGUCUAUAUGUGUGAAGGGAGAGAGGGGGAGCAAAAGGAAAAUGGAGGGAGAUCAUUGAUUGUGCCAUUAUGAUUAUGAUGAAAGACAGGAGUGUACUUCAAAAUUCAAUGCAUAUUUGAUAUAUUUGUUUAAAGUUUAAAUAUUGAAAUAAAAGUAAAUCAACAUGGCACAUGGAGGGAUAUUGCUAUCUUGUUUUUUAACUUUAUUUGAUGGCAAUAUUAAACAUUAGCAAUAUCCUGCCACAGUUAAGAUAUUUUUUAUUUCUGUAGAUAUACUUAUAAUGUGUAACAGUGUUGGGACCUUGAGAAAGACAGUUGCUUUCAAAGUGCUAUUUUUGUGGUUUUGAAAAGUGAUGCAGAUCACAUUAUUUUUCUUGCUCUGUGUGUUUUCCAGAUUUGUUUCACAUUUAAUGACAACUAUGCUUCUAUGAAGGAACCAUCUCUUUAUAUCAAAUUAAGAUUUUUGAAGUGGCAAUUCAUGUCUACUAGGUAAAUAUAUUAUUUUAAUUAUGAAAUCUUUGUAAUCUGUAACUCGGAGAUUAUGUCAGAGCUUUGGACUCGAUUAGGAAUCUUUUAUUUACCGUGUCAAUAUAUGAAAGGAAAAUAGUUUUAAGGUUUUCUGAAAUGUCCCCCUAUCAACAUGUCAUUUAGUACAUCAACAUACUUUAUUAGACAUUCUUAUAACAAAUUUUCUGAUAUUCUUAUAUUUUCUUUACAUUUUUAGAAAGUUAUCCCCCAGUUUCUUUAAAAAUAAAAAAUAAAUUCUUCACAGAAUUUUAGUUUCAGAAUACAGCAUACAUUGUACACAAAGAAUCAUUUCAAUAGAAUAUAAAGAUAUGUGGUAAGGUAAAAAGUAAAAAGAAUAUACAGAUUUUAUGCUACAUAUAGCCUUCUGAAACUUUACGCUAAGAGCUUUCUUAAGAAUGGAUUGCCAGACUUAUUUCUAGAGCAUUUCUGCAUAAUCUGAUACUUAUUUGAUUAAUAUUAUGUACAAAUAGUCAGGCAUUGUGACCUAUUACUGUAUGUGAUUUUGUGUUUUCAAGUUUUAGAGCAUUUUAAAGUUUUAUUGUCACAUGUUUUCGAUGUAGAAAUCGCUGAAAUAACUUUAUUACUAAAAUCAAAUUCUCUCUUGGAGGGAACUUUUUAAGUACAACCUCACACAAAAUUUUUAAUUAAAUUUAUCAGUUUCUUAUUUGUGAAAAAAAGUUAUAUAUUUCAAAUUAUAUAGUUUUUUGAAACAGAUGUAAAUGCUAGGUCUUUUCAAUGUUUUAAUAAAUUUCUCGAUAAGAAAAAAAGUAGUGUGUACAAAAUACAAAUGGAGUACAUGUUGUUAAUAUGUAGUGUAAAAUUUAAGUUUUGUCAUUCAUCCAUUCAAUUGUUAUAGUUGAUGAUGAUAUUUUAUUGCAAGGAAGUCUAACGGGAUAAAGUUUGAAAAUUAAGUAAUUUUUACUCACAUAUUAUAAUUUGCAUAUAGCUCCAUUUCUGUUGAAGUAGACUCUUGGACAUAUAUGUCUCACAAGUCCGUAGGAAUGCCUAUAGCAUGGAAAUGAUAGCAAAUAAUGUACACUCCUUGAGGUUUUAUAUUAUCCAUGUAUUUUUCUGGUCAUUAUGAUUCCAAUAUUACAGAAAGUGCUUAUGAAUAUGUAAUUGUUGAUUGUACCAAUACUUAGGAAAAGGAACCAGAGGGUGUGGUGGUAGUCAUGAGGGGCAUUUAACAUUUGAAUAUACUUUAUAAUACAUCAUACCUUAUAGGAGAUUACAGGAUAUCCAUCGACUUCAUAAGUGUCAUGAAUUUAUCUGUGAGUUCAGGACUUCACUCAUAAUUGGGUAGAUGAGAAAUCAUUCAUUUCAUGAGUCAAUCAUGUCAAACAUAUUUUUAUAAUUUAUAUGAGAAUUCACUUUGUGAUGAGAGUGAGAUGCUGGUCAUUUAUGAGCUGAAGAAUGUUGUUUGUGAGAACUCUAUAUGAUUGGACAGGAUUGUGUGGUGAGUGACAUAUAAUUUGUAAAUAUGUGCAACUGUAAAAGCAACCGUUUUGUGAAUAAAAAUGUAGACAAAUA